UCUCCAGCUUGGAAUGUGCGUUCAACACGUGCGCUACGAUUGGAGUUUGUUAUCCGAUCAUAAUGAUAUCUGCAUCUUAAUAGAAUACAUCAAGAAAAGUCGGAUAUUUACAUUGGCCUACAUAAUUUUCAUAAGUAUGGGUGCAACCUGCUACCUGACGGCACCAUUUACUAUACGAAUAAUCGACAUCUUACUGGCAUCGAACGUAACGAGACCAAAGCGAUUGCCAAAUCCGAGUGAAUAUUUCUUGGAUCUGGAAAGAUAUUAUUACUUUCUUCUAGCAAUUACAUAUGUAGGAUAUUAUGUAUGUAGUGUGAUAGUAAUAGCAACCGAUACUAUCUACAUUGCGUUGCUACAACAUGCCUGUGGUAUAUUAGCAAUAUUAAGGUAUAUAUUAUUAUUAUACAUUUGCAGUCAUCGUUUAGAAAAUCUGCCGAUGUCCAAUAAAUCAAGUAAUGUCGAUUAUAAUUUUAUACCUAAAUGGGACACGAAUAUAAAAGAUAUAAUACAAUGUGUACAAUUACAAAUCAGAGUAGAAAGAUUAAUUCAAUUGAUUGAAUCAACGUUUGCUAUAUGUCUUUUUACUGAUAUUGGCUUUGGAAUUUUAUUUCAAUGUUCUUCGUGCGUGAUGAUCGUGACUAAUGUGAAUACCAUGUACCUAAUAAAAAAUUGUCCACUUCUGGCAAUGCAAAGUAUUCGACUUUUCUUCAAUAGUUGGAUAGGACAGAGAAUCAUAGAUCACAGUUCUCAGAUUUCGUUUGCAGCAUAUAAUGGAAUAUGGUAUCAAAUGUCUUUGGAAGCAAGGAAAAUGUUGUUAUUUCUAAUAAUGAAAUGUCGAAAACCUUAUCACAUAACUAUGGCCAAAUUAUAUAUAAUUAGUAUGGAAGGUUACAGUAUGCUAAUGAGAACAUCAGCUUCUUACAUUACACUAAUGAUAUCAUUAAAUACGAAUGACGCCUAA